UUUUAGUAGAGAGAGAGAGAAAGAGAGAGAGAGAGAGAGAGAGAGAGAGAGAUCAAUAAUGAGGAUUGUUCGUAUGUGGAAAUCUUUGUCUAGGACCAGGUCUGUCCAUAAUCAUCAAGAACAACAUGACCACCAAGAAUACAAGGCUACUGGUAAUAGUACUUCCGAGGCUUGCACAUCAUUAACAGUGUGGAGAAAAUCCCUUCUAAUUAGCUGUAAAGGGUUCACAGUCAUCGAUUCAAAUGGAGAUCUUGUUUAUCGAGUGGACAACUACGUCGGACAUCCUGAGGAAGUCAUUCUCAUGGAUGGCUCUGGAAAGUCUGUCCUCACAAUGCGUCGCCGAAAGAAGCUUAGUCUAAUUGAUACUUGGUUUGUGCACGACGGGGAAGCUGGCAAUUGUUACCCAACAAGAUCAACAUUUGCAGCAUCAAAAAGUAUGCCAACGUUUUACGUGAGGAAGAACAAGAACAUGCUAAAUACCAAUCCCAGGAGUAUACUUGCUUAUGUGUAUCGAGAGGCAUGUGGCCACAAAAGGCAUACAUAUAUGAUUGAAGGUUCUUUCACGCACAGAUCAUGCAAGGUAUUAGAUGAGUCGAGGAAUGUGGUGGCUGAGAUCAAGAGAAAGGAAGCAAAUAAUGGAGGUGUUUCUUAUGGAUUAGAUGUUUUUCAUUUAAUUGUGCAUCCUGGCUUUGAUUCUGGACUUGCAAUGGCUCUUGUAUUAGUAUUAGAUCAAUUGUUUUCUUAGGUUUAUUUUCUAUCAAUUCAUUGAUAUGUAUAUAUGUUGGACGAAAUAUGGUUUUCCAUACAAGUCCUUAUGUCAAUUACUACUGAAGAGAUCUCAACAAAUAAGGAUAAUAUGGAAUGCACAUAUAUUGACAAGUCCCGACCUAAAUCAGGGCGUGCUGGCCAUCACGUGGGAGUGACGUAACCAUGUGCAUAGUGCAUAAGCAAUAAAGAUAUAAGGGAAAUAUGAAUAAAUAAAAAUCAAACUACUAGCAGUACUAGCUAAGAUAAAGUGCUAGUGCGAGGUUAAAUGUAAAAUACACAACCAAAGCAUAAAUAGCCUAAGUACAGUCAAGCAGAACAAGUACUAAUUUACAACACCCAAUGGUGAUCCUACAUUUAUGAUGUUCUGUCAGAACUACCAUUGAAAUCCCCGUGAGCCACCAAAGCACUUCU